AUGAGCCCCAAACAGCCCGCAAAGCGGGUUUUGGGAGCGCAUUCAUCACAGGAUAGGACGACAACCAUCAAGCCACAACCCCGAUUAGAGCCAUCGCCAUUGCCUCUCCAGUCGACUGAAAAUCCCCCUUCCCAUCAUAAAUACGUCCUUAACCCGACUUCUACUUCCCCCAACAGAGUGUCGCCCACGAAAUUUAGUCGGGAGUCGCGAACAUCGGGCUGUGCUCAAGCGAGGUUGGGAUAUGUUCCAAUCACUGCUCCUGCUCCUCCUACAUUUACAACCGACUCCCCCAUAAAAAAGAUACCACUCGAGACUUAUUCCCACCCUACCCCGUCGUCUGCUCCGAUGCCGCAGUCUGCCUUAUUCACGACAUUCUCCAGUGUUAGGAAUGUCAAGCAUACAACAACAGGAGACCUAGACGUGGACGUGCCCUCAGCAGAUACUUUCGCUGAUUUUCCCGAGCCAUCUCAGCUAGCCAAGCAUUCUUUCAAACGAUCACUCCUGGAUGCGGCACCAUUAAAAGAGCGGACAAAGAAGCCCAAGGGGGAAGAGGUCACCACCGUGCAACUGCCAGAGCCCCACGAAUUGCCGCCGAUCGAAGAUGAUGGCACAAAACCGCCAUACAGCUAUGCAACGCUUAUUGGAAUGUCUAUACUACGCGCCCCUAAUAGAAGAUUGACCCUGGCGCAAAUCUACAGAUGGAUAUCAGAUACGUUCUCAUAUUACAAGAACAGUGAUCCAGGCUGGCAAAACAGUAUUCGGCACAAUCUCAGCCUGAAUAAGGCGUUCAUCAAACAGGAGCGCCCAAAGGAUGAUCCUGGUAAAGGAAAUUACUGGGCCAUUGAACCAGGCAUGGAAACACAGUUCAUUAAAGACAAACCCGUGCGCCGAGCAACAAUGACCAGCAUGCCCACCCUUUCUAUAACACCACAGCAGGAACCCACGUACUCACAAGGCUCAAGCGCCACCACCUGGGCUGUACCGCCACCUGCUCAGCACCCCGUCUCCAAAAGCUCAAAACAUGUGGAUCUGUCGUCUGACGCUACAAUUCCCGCGUCUGAUCCAGCUCUUCAGGAAGACAUUGGUGAUGAUACGGCUGCCUGUCUGACAACCAAUCCUCCACGCUCGUCUCCUCCACAACCGAUUCACUCUUCUCCUCCCGUUGCACCGCCGCGAUUCGCGCGCCCAGCAACUCCCCCAACUCCUUGUCAUCCUUCCAUUCCUAGUGAUGGGCCGCGUCACCGUAAGCGGAAGUCGAAUACUAUGAAUGAUAGUGGCUACUUCUCUUCACUGGAAUCUUCUGCCAUGCGGUCAAACAAAGCUAGUCACUACCUAACUUCCGACACGGAUAUUGAACCCCCUCGUAUUAAGCGUGGAAGGGCGGAAGAAGAGAUUGCGCGCAUUCGAAGCUCUUCUCGAGAUAUAAGCCCAAGUCACUCUGGGUACUUGAAAGAAACAGGGAUCGUUGUUGGUUCCUCUCCGGUCCGCAACGAAUAUAUAAACGUGCUUGCAGGCCCCCUGACCCCCGUUAUCAAGUUCAAAAAGCCUGCGAAACCGCCUCCAUCAGUGUCACCAAACACUAAUCUUCGAAACCACCGCAAGAAAAUCCAGCACAUGGUCAACUCCCCAAUAAAGCGACUAGGCCUGGAUGAAGAUCUUCCAUGGAGUCCUGCCUUCAACAUACAUGACGAGGCUUAUACUCCACACGAUGGUCUUCAUGUUUCCUUCGACGUUUUUGCCGACCCGACUACUGAGCCUGUAUCUAAUCCGGCUUACGGUUCCCCUGAAAAACGCUCGGCUAAACGUGCUCGUACUGAAGCACAUGGACCAACUGGAAAUGCCCUCGCAGAUAUCACUGCUUUGAGUGCUAACAACCGGAUUGGGGGCCUUAAGCCCUUAUCGCCGAAUAAGUCAAAAAGACUUUUUUUUUCUGACUCGCCGUCAAAACUUCCUGACUCUGGACGCUUCAUUGAUUCUGCGCACGAUGAUUUUUUCUCAUGGCAUCUUUUUGAUGACAGCCCACAGGAAGUAGACGGUGUCGACCUUCUACAAGGAUUCCAAAAAAUAGGGGGUUCGAGCAAGGACGAUGCCUCGAAAUCUCGAUCCCAUAUCUCACAGCCAACUUUUCAGCGCGGCAGCAACACGCGGCCUUGA